AUGUCGAAGAUCACAGUCGCCGGAGUGCGCGAUAACGUUUCGCAGCUCCUCAACUACUCUCUCAAUGAGAAGAAGAGGAACUUCCUCGAGACCGUCGAGCUUCAGAUCGGUCUGAAGAACUAUGACCCCCAGCGUGACAAGCGUUUCUCCGGCACCAUCCGCCUGCCCACCGUGCCCCGCCCCAACAUGAGCGUCUGUGUUCUUGGUGACCAGCACGAUCUCGAUCGUGCCAAGCACCACGGCAUCGACGGCAUGUCCACCGACGACCUGAAAAAGCUGAACAAGAACAAGAAGCUCAUCAAGAAGCUCGCGCGCAAGUACGAUGCCUUCCUGGCUUCCGAGUCUCUGAUCAAGCAGAUUCCCCGUCUCCUCGGUCCCGGUCUGUCCAAGGCCGGCAAGUUCCCCACCCCCGUCUCCCACGGUGAGGACCUGAACAACAAGGUCACCGACGUCAAGUCGACCAUCAAGUUCCAGCUGAAGAAGGUUCUGUGCCUGGGUGUUGCCGUUGGCAACGUCGGCAUGAUCGAGGACGAGCUGGUCUCCAACGUUAUGCUGGCCAUCAACUACCUCGUCUCCCUGCUCAAGAAGGGCUGGCAGAACGUUGGAAGCCUGGUCAUCAAGGCUUCCAUGUCUCCUCCCAAGCGUCUGUACUAGACGUCUUGCGCUCUUGCGUUACGCUGGGGUUUUAGGAUCUUAGCUGUGGGGUUUUGAACGCCUUAUGUAUGGAAUGAAAAACACUCACGACUUGGUUCUACUUUUUUCUUGACACUCGUAGUCAUUCUUUUGUAUCUCAG